GUUGUCUGGUUCCGUGGCCUCCGUCUCCCGUCAGGAGGCUUCCAGCCGCUCCUCCAUGGAAUAAGGCCAGUCGGGAGCAGACUCCUUCAGGGUUCCUAAUAAAGUGGCCACUGGGUUUGGGUUCAGGGAACCCCUGAUGGUAUUUCAGCGUCUGCAGGUGUGAUGGAUGUGGACCUGAGCUGAAACGCGAUCGGUCCAGAGAAAACAUGGCGUUAAAACAGACCAUGGUUUGACUGAAACUUGCGUUUAUGCUCACUUUGCUUUUAUUGUGGAUCAGGUGAGUUUGGUCGUGAACACCAGCGCAUGUUGUUUUUAUUCAUCACUUGUUUUUCCUGUAGCAGAACCUCGCUGGUUUGUUCCCGUUUGGGUUCUGGUCGUCUGAAUCUCUUUUAAUCUGUUUCCAUCUCCGCUGUUUUGUUGUUUUCAUACUAACAGAUUUGCUGAUUUCACCCAUAUUCAUAAUUAAUAACCACUCUCUGCUUAAUGUGUGCUUUGCUGUUGUUGCAGAUUCUUGUUGCAAAUAAAACAUAUUUUCUAGGCGUAAAAGCCUUUAAAUGGACUUUAUUGCUCAUUUGUCCCGUGAAUCUGGCGGCGCCGCAAUGUGGGUCACGACUGAGUGGAGCCAACACCCAACAGCUUAUUUCUCAACCCGAAGGCAGCAGCGAACCAGAAGAACCAGAUGUUCAUUCCAGAAACCAGGUCACCAGGUAACCACUGAGGCCCGGCACCGACUGGAUCUGGUUCUGGUGAACGAGUCACAACAUGUCACAGUUUGUGUCAGACUGCACAUGUAGAUGAUUUCACCACAUCCUGGAUAUUUACGGUUCACGGAAACAUAUCUGGAGAAACCUCCACCUUCAUGUCGCCUGGAGUCAGGUCCGAUCCAGUCUGACGACAAACGGCGUACAUCACCUUUAACAACAGGCCAGUGGCAGCAGGAGGAGACAGAACCAGAACCACUGGACUGGACCUCAGACUCAACCAGUAGAAGCAGCAGAACCGGAACUGACCCUGCUGUUUCCGCCUCACUGCGGUUCACUCUCACUUCACCAGAACCAAAGCUGACGGCUUUGUUUGCAGGUGGAAUCAGGUUUGGACCUUCAGGGGGAACUGGAGCUGGUGCUGGUUCAAGGAGAGAGCUCGGAGCCAACGGCACCAAGCAGAUCAGGCUAAUUGGGCCAAACGGAUCAGCAUCUCCUGCAGGUGAGGAUUAAACAAUCGAUGCCCAGCUCUGGGAGGAGAGAUGUCCUGAGGCAGCGCUCUGAGCUCGCCGCAGCUGGAUGGAGGGCGGAGUCAACAAGGAACAAGAACGCUGGUACCAGAACCCCAGGUACCAGAACCCCAGGUACCAGGAUACCAGGUACCAGAAUGCUGGUCACCAGAACGGCAGGUACCAGAACCCCAGGUACCGGAAUGCUGGUCACCAGGACACCAGGUACCAAAAGUCAGGUACCAGAAUGCUGGUCACCAGAACGGCAGGUACCAGAACCCCAGGCACCAGAACGCUGGUCACCAGGAUGCCAGGUACCAAAAACCAGGUACCAAAACCCCAGUUACCACAAUGCUGGCACUGAUUCAAACGUGGACAGUUUCUGUUCAGUUCACAACAACAGCAUUUCAGUGCCAGUGUUACAGUUUAAGAGCUUACAGAGUUCUACACCUCCAGAACCGGGCUCACACCUCUGAUACAGACACCACUCUCCUCCAUGGUGUCGUUGGUUGGGUUCAUUCAGGUCUGCGGACAGAUAGCGGCCCCUGCUGGACACAGCCUGUCGGUACCAACACAGAGAGAGUUUGGAUUCGGCAGCUAGAGCAGGUUAACGGAACCUCGGUACAUUCAAAGGCAAAGCUUCCUCUGCUGCCUCAUUUACUUCACUGAGUUUCUGUCGGUAAAACGCUGAAUGAACUGCAUCUGAACUGGACCUAGCAAACUAUUAUUUAUUGAAACCGGACGCAUGUGAAUCUGAUUGGCUGGUUUUGGGGUUCAGUCUUUGAAAGUGUCGGAUCCAGGUUAAGUUUCACAACCAUCUAGUUCGGAACCAAUGGCUCAGCUCGUGUCCGCUGCUGCUCGGUUCUCUAGCACGAGCGUGCAGGCGCCCUGUGGCUCUGUGGGCGUGGCCUGCGCCGGUCACGUGGUCCGGGCCUUUGUUGAUGUGGAGACGGAGCAGGAGGACAAAAAAGUCCCGGUCCGACCGUCUGACCGAACGCUACCGAGCAUCGUCCGCGGCGCGCAUCUCUCCGCUUCGGCCCGCACGCAGCCGAAGACGCCUGUGCUCCGUCGCCUGGAUCUGCGCUUCUGCUGCCGGGUUGAGUCGAGGCGGCCGGCGGGGGAUGGAGGCUGAGUCGGGGCUGUGACGGGAGGUGGGGGUCGCUGCGUGAAGCCCCAGGCCCUGCGCGCUUUGUUGUCCUGCACCACGCAGCCUGUUCCUUCCUGCUCCAACAUGAAGCGGCGGUGCUGAGACGCUCCGGCACCGGUUCGUGGACUCCGGCCACAAAACUCUGGAGAGAAGCAGGAUCUGAAAGGUUUUUGGCUUCGGGUUGGUUGUGCCUCCUUUUUGCCUCGUGCGUUUUUCUCCUAAGGCUUUUUUGAAAACGGACUCAAAGACAAAAGCUUCAGUUUGAGCUUUUGCUUCUUUUCUUCUUCCUUCCUCUGUCUCUGAUCCUCUGAGCUCCCUCUGUCUCUCCCUCCCUCCCCUCUGUCUGUCUGAACCCUCCACCUGCCCCCAUGUCCUCCACCAUGCCUCCACUGUGCCGGUUCUCCUGGUUCUGCUCCCUGCUGGUCCUGCUGCUCCUGCCCUCGGCCCGGAGCUCGUUCCCCCGCGGCGGCGGCGGCAGCGCGGAGUGUGGUCCUGGGAAAGGCGCCGACUGCCCAGACCUGUCGGAGAAGAAGAGCGACCUGCGUGUGUGCGACGCUGGGACGUGUCGCUUCGGAGGAAGCUGCCGUGAGAACGGAGCCGACAUCAAGUGCGUCUGUCAGUUCCACUGCCAUAAGAAGUACAUCCCUGUGUGUGGUUCAAAUGGAGACACGUACCAAAAUGAAUGUUUCUUGAGAAGAGCCGCCUGCAAGAAACAGAGGGCCAUCAGCAUCGUGUCCGAGGGACCCUGUUACCACGACGGUGGCUCCGGAUCCGGAGACGGAGAUGACGAAGGCUCAGGUCGCGGCAAAAAGGCCUCGAAGUGUGGAAACUGCAAGUUUGGAGCCGAGUGUGAUGAAGACUCCGAGGAUCUGCUCUGCAUGUGCAACAUCGUGUGCAACGGCCACAACGACAACCCGGUGUGUGGCAGCGACGGCGUCACCUACGACACGCCGUGCCACGUCCGGGAGGCGUCCUGCCUCAAGCAGCUGAAGAUAGACAUCAAACACGUGGGGCGUUGCCAAGACAAAAGCAGAAAAGACGAUGGCACCAAGGCCAAACCAGACGUGUACGCUGUGUCUAAAGCUGCGGAGGGGGAGGGGGGAGUGGACAUCCCCGCCCCCUGUCCCGAAGACUACGCCCAGUUCUGUGAACACGGCCAGUGUGAGAUGAGACAGAACCUGCCGACCUGCAGGUGUGAGGCAGCCUACGGGGGUCCUCAGUGUGACCAGCUGCUGGACUUCAACAUCCUGUAUGUGGUGCCCAGCGGACAGAAGCUGCACUACGUCCUCAUCGCCGCCAUCAUCGGAGCCGUGCAGAUCGCCGUCAUCGUAGCAGUGGUCAUGUGCUUCACCAGGAGGUGCAACAAGACGAAGCACAACCGCAGACAGAAGCAGCACCUUGGCCACUUCCCGUCAGGAACCUCCUCCAGGAUGAUGUAGCUGCUUGUUUUUAUGAUGCAUCCAGGUUUUGGUACCACAAACACAGACUCCGGUUUUUAAAUCUUGACAUCUCGGUGCCUCCUUGGUUCCCCUUUUCAUAUGGUUUUUAAGGGGCAUUACUUGACUCCACUUUGAUGACUUAGUUUCCCUCCGAGCAGAGAUCAGCAUCAGUGGCACCGCUGGUCCUUCGACUCUGAACCACUGUGGAUCCUGCAGCAGGAAACGGGAACAUUAUUUAUCUGAUUGUAUGGUCGUCUUCUUAUCGUGGAAGCUGACUGAUGCUGUCUAUGUUCUUUUGUUUACAGUUUAGUUUACAGGGAACUAAACAAUAACCACUGUCUCAACAUUUACGGUUGUGGUUCAUAAGCUGGUUGGUUCGCUCUCUGUGGUGUCUGAACUUUGUUUCAUUUGGUUUGUCGGUCACACCAGAGGACGUUUCCGUAUUAGAACCACUGAAGCUCCGUUAACUCUCGUCUGAUGCUUUGUUUUGUUUCUCUGUGUUUCACAGCUUUUAUGUUUUUAUAUUUGUUACGAUGAAAUGCACCUAAAAAACCAAAAUGCUGUUUUUUCUACUGCUUAAAUAAGACUGAAAUAAGAUUGAAACAUGUACAGGAUGUUGGUUCCGUUAUUUUGUUGCUUGUUUUUCAGACGACGCCAAGCUAAUGAUAAUUUAAACGCCUGUUUUUGGUCAGCUUCUUUUUUAUACGUGUAAUGAGUAACGAUGGUACAACGUGUCCGUGUUGGUUCUUUUAUUGUGGUAGAAGGAGUAGAUGGAAAAGCUGAGCUUCCCUGAGGCGUCGCUGCCAUUACAGACAUUUAAACUGUAGUGAAUCUGCAUCUCAGUCACAUGAUGCUGCGGUAUCCACCCUGAUUUUACUGUAGAUGUUCAAACUGCAUGAACCAGUGAUGUUAUUGAUUAGACUGUGCUGUAGAAUUUAAUCUAGCAUUAAAUUAUGAUGUUGGAACUAC